AUGUCUUGUUUGUUUUCGUGUUGUGCAUCUUUAACUUGCAGUGGGUUGUGUAGUUCAGUAGCAUCAGGGGUAAAAGCUAGACUAGAUUAUUGCGGUUUAUUUGGUCUUUCUCUUAUUUUUUCAUGGAUUCUCAAACAAGCUGGUCCUUCUCUGCUAAAGUGGAUAUAUACUUCGGAUAACACACACUCAAACGAAUGGCUGCAAAUCAAUGCAGUUUCCCGUGUCAGCUUGGGGAAUUUUCUGUUUUUUGCAUCUCUUGCCCUCAUCAUGAUUGGUGUUAAGAACCAGAACGACAAAAGGCAUGUGAUUCACCAUCGUGGAGGGACUGUGAAGAUCGUGGUGUGGGCCUUGCUCUUGGUCCUCAUGUUUUUCGUUCCUGAUAACAUUAUCUCAUUCUAUGGAACACUGUCAAACUUUGGAUCGGGGUUGUUUCUUCUGGUUCCAGUUAUUAUACUACUGGAUGCCACAAAUACAUGGAAUGAUGCCUGGGUUGAGAGAGGUGAACGCAAAUGGUGCAUACCGUUACUUGCUGUAUUUGUGUGCUAUAUGACAGCAUUUACAAUAUCAGGACUAAUGUUCGCUUGGUUCAACCCCUCAGGCCAUGACUGCAAACUUAAUGUGUUCUUUAUUGUCAUGACCAUCAUUCUCGCAUUUGGUUUUGUAAUUAUUACACUGCAGGCUAAUGCAAGUCUUUUGCCAUCUUCUGUUAUUUCUGUGUACUGUUCGUAUGUGCUCUACAGUGCUCUCUCAAGUGAGCCUCGAGAUUAUGUGUGCAAUGGUCUCAACAACAGUUCAAAAGGAGUGACCACACGUAACCUAAUUCUUGGUAUGCUCACAACAGUUAUCUCAAUCUUGUACUGUGCUUGCCGGGCUGGAUCCUCACUAAAGUCAGGUGACAGAAACCCUUUUUUGAACUUUGGGCAGAGAAAGGACAGAGAACCUGAUGUUGUGGCAGUUGGUUAUUCCUAUACAGUUUUCCACCUGAUUUUCGCGUUCGCUAGCAUGCAUUCAAACAUGCUUAUUACAGGUUGGACUGGCUCAUCAUCAUUCAACUCAGAGUUGAUUAAUGUUGGUUGGACAUCAACUUGGGUUCAAAUAUGCACUCAAUGGGCCACUGCUGUUCUUUAUGUAUGGUCUCUAGUAGCUCCGCUGUACUAUCCUGAUCGUGUAUUCUAUUCAUGGUUCACAGUAUCAGCUAAUACUCGAGCCUUAUCAGCUGAUACCCGACCAUAUUGAUGCCGACCGGUACUAUUUCGGUGCACCUUUAUGGAAUAUAGAACAAUAUUAACAGAUUCACUCCAGAGUUUUUCUUUUAUUAUAUUUUCUUCUUCCAACUUUUUGAAGUUCCAUCUUUUUCGGUUUUCAUUCUGUUGUGGGCAGUACAUCCUAUUGGUUUUUAUCAGGAAUACCAGUAGCUAUACCUGUCACCUGCUAUACUUGUAUAAACUUGAUGUUAAUAUAGUGUCUCUGGUUUUGAGUGUAAAUAUUUGAAGCUUGAA